AUGUCCACAUACACCAGCACGCCCCUCUUCGGCGGCGCCCUCAUCGUCGACCUCCCCUCCAGCUUUGCCGACGUUAGUACCAUCCGUCAAGUCCCCGACCAUCAAGAGGUCUACCUGGACAAAGAUGGCUUCACCAGCAUCAUCUUCGACAUCACCGAGCGGGUUGGUCUACCGGGCACCGGGCCAGCCGUCGAUGGCGCGGCCUUGACCACGCACCUCGAGGACAUAGUAGAUUCCGACGACGAUACCGUCAAGGUGUGGAACACGUCCAACACGCAAUUCUCGAAACUGCCCGACAAGACCCCCGCCUACACCCUCAUCGCGACGCAGACGCCACCUCCCCAGCCGGGCUCCAAGAGCCCGGAUUUCACGGCCAUCGUGCUGACGCUGGUGCGGCUCGAGAGGGAGAGCACCGAUAUCCUCAUCACGAUCAACGUACCGCAUAUCAAGGGCGAGUACACGGUCGAGGAGGUGGAUAUGCAGAUGGGGAAGCAGGGGAAGCUGAUUGAGAGUGCGGUGGAGUAUGCGGCCAAGAUCUGGGAGACGUUCAAGAUCAAGGAUUGGGGUCUGUUCAAUGAGGUCUGA